CCCCCUCGGUGCAGGGUGCAGAGGGGCAGCUGCCGCCACCCAGAGCAGGCCGCAGGGCUGAGCAGCGUGGGUGACCAGGCAGCGGUCGGGCGAGAUGGGCCUGCCGGUGGAGCACGGAGGAGCCUACGCGCGGGCAGGGGGCAGCCCCCGGGGCUGCUGGUACUACCUGCGCUACUUUUUCCUUUUCGUGUCGCUCAUCCAGUUUCUCAUCAUCCUGGGCCUCGUCCUCUUCAUGGUCUACGGCAACGUGCAUGUGAGCACAGAAUCCAACCUGCAGGCCACAGAGCGCCGGGCCGAGGGCCUGUACAGCCAGGUCGUGGGGCUCACGGCCUCCCAGGCCAACCUGUCCAAGGAGCUCAACCUCACCUCCCGCGCCAAGGAGACCAUCAUGCAACUGCUGCUGAAUGCCCGCCGCGACCUGGACCGGAUCAACGCCAGCUUCCGCCAGUGCCAGGCUGACCGGGUGGUCUACAUGAACAACCAGCGGUACAUGGUGGCCAUUAUCUUGAGUGAAAAGCAGUGCCAAGAACAACUUAAGGAGACCAACAAGAGCUGUAAUGCCCUUUUCCUCAUGCUGAACCAGAAGGCCAAGACGCUGGAAAUGGAGGUGGCAAAGGAGAAGCAAGUGUGCACUAAAGACAAGGAGGCGCUGGUGCUGAGCAAGCGCGUGGUGGAGGAGCAGCUGGCCGAGUGUGGCAAGGCCCGGGAGCAGCAGCGGCAGGAGCGACAGCUGGCUGAGGAUCGCUUGCAAAAGGUGCAGACCCUCUGCCUCCCGCUGGACAAGGACAAGUUUGAGACGGAGCUGCGUAACCUCUGGAGGGACUCCAUUAUCCCACGGACCCUGGACACCAUGAGCUAUAAUCUGUACCAUCCUCUGGGCUCAGAAAUAACCUCCAUCCGGAGAAGCUGCGACCACAUGCCCACCCUCAUGAGCACCAAGGUGGAGGAGCUGGCCCGGAGCCUGCGGGCUGGCAUAGAGCGUGUGGCCCGCGAGAACGCGGACAUCCAGCGCCAGAAGCUGGAGGUUGAGCAGGCCCUGAAGGCAAGUCAGGAGGCCAAGGAGAAGUUGGAGAAGGAGGCCCAGGCUCGGGAGGCCAAGCUCCAGGCUGAAUGCGCCCGGCAGACACAGCUAGCUCUGGAGGAGAAGGCAACGCUGCGGAAGGAGAGAGACAGCCUGGCGAAGGAGCUGGAGGAGAAGAAGCGGGACGCAGAGCAGCUCAGAAUGCAGCUGGCCGUCAGCAACUCCGCCUUGGACACCUGCAUCAAGGCCAAGUCACAGCCGAUACCUAUACCAAGACCUGCGGGCCCUGCCCCCAACCCCCAGCCCAUUGACCCAGCUGGCCUGGAGGAAUUCAAGAGAAGGAUCCUGGAGUCCCAGAGGCCCCCUGCAGCCAAUGCUGUAGCCCCAUCCAGUGGCUGACGAGGCUCUGGCCCCUGAGGACCGAGGUGCGGCCCCGACUGGCCAGUCUGCGGACUCCGCGCAGCGAGACGCCCCGGGCACACGAGCAGCUGGGGCCACCGCACCGACUCCCGCACACACCCACGGCCCGGACCCCACACUCGUCCUCCCCUCCACCCCACCGCACCCCCAACACCUUCUCACCGGCCCACACCUGCCCGCCUGAUCUCUCACCUGAGACAGCGAUACCUCAGUGGCGUCACACGAAGAUGCAGUGACAUCACACAGACCAGGCGAUGGCAUCACACAAGAACGCGGCAGUGGUGCCACACAGACACAGGGAGGAUGUCACCCACAGAUGCAGUGCCGACGUCACAUACCCGCACAUGCACACCUCCGCCCAGCCCUUGCCCGAUGUCACACCCUCCCACGCACUCGGGCCCAGGCGACCGCAGCACCAUACCCAUCUGCCACCUCUGUGCCCUUGCCACACCGCCCUCCAGUUUUCUCCUCUUCUGACUCCUCACCCCCAGGGUGUCAGGCCUAGUGAAGCAGGAACGGGAGACAUUAGCCUCCGUCCCCUCAGGGACAGUCUCCUGGCUCCCCUGCCAGGCCGCACCUGAGCCCAGGGCCAAUGUCACCCACAGGCCCCAUCAGAGUCCCUCCCUCCCGUCCACACCUAGCCCGGCCUGUGGCCCAUAUAAAUGCUAGUGGCACUAAAUAAAUAUUACUGAAUCCUUU